AUGAAGAUCGCGCAAAAACAGAACUUUUCUCUGCUUAUUAUCCGUAUUUUCAGUUAUGCCAUACGAACUGGCCACAGCUGGCUUCGCCUCAGCAAAGCGUAUACUAGGGAGUCCAAAGCAACUGAAGUCAUGCUCCAUUCACCAGACCCUAGACCAUGCCUUCACACCCCGCCCUUGGCCAUGGGCUCCGAGAAGGUUCCAAGUUUGAAUAGUCUAUGCCAGGAACUUCUUCGUAGAUACAUACCAGAUAUCCAAAAGAACGUUAUAGGCCAAGAGGCGAGGGCCAUAUUGCUUUUCGAGCCUCGGCAAAGGAUUUGUUACUACCCCGGCAAAAUCCACGGUGGAUACCAGGCCUUUCUUAUGGACCAGCUGUUUGCAGACUGUUGCAAGCCCGCCGUGACCGCAAAUCUGACAAUGGAAUUCAUGCAUCCGAUCCAACCGGAUAUAAAACUAGUACUACGGGUUUGGCCAGUGAAAAUCGAAGGGCGCAAGACAUGGAUGGAGGGGGCUAUCAAGAUACCCGAAAAGUGCUCGGAUAGGUUGCUUCUCGCCGCCCGCGCCACCGCGCUCUUUAUUCUACCCAAGGCGUAG